UGAAUAUUGUGUCGAAAUAUAUUGGAAUUUAUGAAAAGCAAUAAAACAUACUUAUGCGCCUAAAAAUGGGUCGCAACCCGCAAUUUAAUCAAUGCCGUUUGCUAAUGAAAAAUGCAAUAUCUAUCAUAGUAAUUCUUUCGUGUAGUUCUCAAUUAAUCUUUUCCGAAUGUCCUAUUUUCUUUGUUAUAUUGUUGAAUCUUAUUCGAACCGUUCUGGCCAUUCUCCUGCUGCGUUCGGCACAGCUGCAAAAUGCUGGAAGUGUUUGGCAAUGAAAAUGCAAUGACCCUUGACGCAAAAUUUAUUAUUUCUAAAGGUUUUAUGUCCGAUGCAAGUCCCAUUAUAACAAUGCUGCUUUCAAGGUUAAUGAUGUUUUUUCCUAACAAACUUUGCCCCUCAUUAAAUUAUCUAGAUUUCACUUUUACCCUCAUCUUCAACUUUUUUUUUGUACAUGUCGAACGACCGACAAUCUAAAUCUAGCGCUAAUGAAUUAGACUUGACACUAGCAAAAACCUCUACAAGGUUGGAGGUGUCGUGACCUUGAAGUGGCAUCGUAGAACUAGUGCCCAUGACCUCUAGCAAGGCUCAUGAUGUCACAACCUUCGGAUGGUCUCGACAGAAGUCGUGCGACCUAUGAGGCCUAAGGUCAUGCAACCUUGGCAUGGAUCGCCGGGGUCGUGGUGGCUCGGCACUUGAGUUGGGUCGGGCUUGAUCCACGGUCCUCAUAAGAAGCAGGUUGGUGCGGAUCGAGCAAUGGCGACCUCAGCAGCGAGCGGAAGAGGAAGCAGCACCAGAGAAAAGGGCGCGAAAGCCAUCGUCGCCGAUCAAAUAUCGCAAGGCGUCCAGUCCACCUCCAAUCUUCUCCACCUCAUGCAACAGUCCUCCCCUUCCCAGGCCCAGCUAAUGAUGCUUCCCAAGAAACUUCUGGCAAAAACAGCAACAAUAGGGAAUACUGGGCGAGUCUUGCAGGAGAUGCCUCGGGUAAUUUCAUCUCUGGAUGCACACAUGGAGACUAGUUUGCAAAGUGCUCCUCAUCUGCAAACGGUGAUCCAGUUACUAGCAAACAUGGAAAGCAACCAGCUUAAUUCUCUCUCAAAAAUUCAUUUUUCUCAAGAGGCUUCUGAUUGAUGCAUCCCUCUGCCAAAGAAAUUAACUGGCGGAUCAAACCUCCUGCAGUGCCAUAAUUGGCCAUAUUUCACUGCUUCACUACUGAAGUUUCAAACAGGAGGUAGGAGUAGUGUGCAGACACAGUUUUUGUCCACGGAAGCUGAAACCGUAAGGCUUUGUUUCACGUGGAGAUGUGUCCAACUAAUUAUAAUGUCCAUCUUUUUCUUUUGUUUUUUUUUCCUAAUGUCGUGCUGUUCCACCUUGCAACCUAACCUAAUUGUAUGUCUGGAUCUCCUUAAGUCCUAUGGUAAGUCGUCAAAAGAACUUUGUCACUGUGGUAUGCACUUGGCAGAGAGUGACAUGUUUUCUCCAGAAGAAACAUCCUCACCCUGCUACCAGAAGAAACUGCAAUGUUAAGAUGCCAUACUCGUUUAGUCCGUUACUGGCCAAAUAAGCAACACUCAUUUAAAUCGAUGCUCCUCCGUGCUUGACGAAGGAUGCAACCGAGAAGGUUAUUCAGGCCUUACUGAUACCAAUUAAUCUGAGCUCAUGAUUGAUAAUUACACAAUUGGAUCAUGGAAGUAAGAUGCCACAGUCCGGUGAAAGUAAACUUUGGCUUAUUUUACCGGAGACUGCAUAUUGUAAUGUUUAACAGCCUUACUCAGUAGU